UGAUCUCGCGAGACUUCGAGGCAUUUGUCUCUCUCUCUUUUUUCCUUCUUCACUGAGUCGUAGCGAGAGAUCGAGCUGCUUUACGGUGUGAACUCGGAGAUCAGAAACGAUUAAAUUCACAUUAAAAUGAAAAGAUGACUCUGAGGUAGAAGUGUAGUGAGUGGCCGAGGGAAUGGAUCCGAGGCUGAGCUGCGGCUCUCCGCGGGAGGACGGUGAGCUGGAGGACGGGGAAAUCUGCGACGACGACGCGGAGGAGAAGCAGCAGAAGCAGAAGCCGCAGGGCGCGAGGCCUGGAACCGGAUCACGGAAACAGAAAACCUCCACACCGCGAUCCAAAGCCACCAACAUGGGACCGGGGAAGGACUUCCGGCCUCCGCCCUUCAGACCCGGGUCCAUGCUGCACGGUCCCUUCCCCGCGUGCCCCUCCGGCUCGGACCGGUUAGAGCCGCCUAGUCCCCGGACCAGCUUCUGGGAGCGCAGUCACGGAGCACUGGGCCGGCUCCGGUACCGGGGGAGGCCCGGGGACGGCCGCGGGGACGGCCGCGGGGACAGAGCGCGAGGGGCCGGGAGAGGCAGAAACAUACACCGGAAAGAUUCCCCCAACUGGAAACAGAAGCAGGGCGGGCGGGCGGCGGCUCGGAAACCUGCGUACGUCGCCUCCAAACCGGAGAACGGCAUGGACGAGAGCUUCGAGGAUCUGCUGAUGAAGUACAAACAGAUCCAGCUGGAACUGGAGUGCAUCCGCAACCAGGAGAGGAGAGCGCUGAAACCCAGCGAGGACUCGCCGCACGGGGAGCAGGAGGACACGCCCACCGACGAGACGCCGCGAACUCUGCCGCCGCCACCGCAGCAGGGACCGGUGAUGAACCGGCUGGAGAAGAGAGAGGAACAGGAGGAGAGGAAGGCCUUCCAGGCGUUUAAUCUCCGACCGCUCAGACAGAAACUGCUCUCGCCUGCAGAGAGAGACGCGAUGAACACUAAGACCACCCAGGGGGUGGAGCAAAAAGAGGCGGGGCAUAAUGAGGAGCAAAAGGAAGAGGUGGAGAAAAGUCCUGUUGAACCGACGACUCCGAACGAAGCUGAAGAAGAGGAGGAAGAGGAAAAGCCGUCAGCCCUGAGCAUCUCACUGAGCAAAGAGACCAAUAAAACUCGCCGCAAGGAUGAAGAUGAUGAGCUCUCGGAGCUGCAGUUGCGUCUCCUCGCUCUGCAGUCGGCCAGCCGGAAGUGGCAGCAGAAGGAGCAGCAGGUGAUGAAGGAGAGCAAAGAGAAACUGAAUCGUGCCAAAACCAUGCCCGACCACUACCGGGUCACCACCAGGUCGGCUGCCGCAGGGAGGGGUCGCCCAGGGUCAGGGGUCAAAGGUCAGGAGAAGGGCAAACCCCCAGCUAGACCGGGUGCGGACCGGAUCAAAGCACCACCUAAAGGACAUCCUGCUAAACACACCGCAAACCCAGUGUCGAAGCAGGCCUGGAGGAAGCAGCAGCUGCGGACGUGGAAGCUUCAGCAGGAGGCGCAGAACCAGAGGAGCGAGGAAGAGGAGGAGAAGAAGAAGAGAGAGGAGGAAAUCCGCAAGAUCAGAGACCUGUCCAAUCAGGAGGAGCAGUACAACCGCUUCAUGAAGCUAGUGGGAGGAAAACACCACGCACACAGCAAGUCCUCAGAUCCUGAACACAGGAAGUUAUUGUUGAAACAGGGACUCGACUCUGCAGGUAACCUGUACCAGUAUGACAAUUAUGAUGAGGUUGCCAUGGAUACGGACAGUGAGACAAAUUCUCCAGCCACUUCUCCAGCACACGAGUCGUUCGGUGCCGUCGGGUCUCUGUAUGCUGUCCCAGUGUUUUCUUUAGGCUCCGCCCCUCUCCGACAGGACAUGCCUCAGUAUUGUAUGGAUCCAGUAGGUGUGGUUUCACUGGCCCCGCCCCCUCCCCCACCCCCAGUGCCGCCUCCGGAGGAAUCGGAGCCUCCACCCAAACCGCCGUUUGCUGAUGAGGAAGAAGAGGAGGAGAUGAUGCUGAGGGAGGAGCUUCUCAAAUCGCUAGCUAACAAACGCGCCGUGAGAGCAGAGGACACAUCCAGUAACAGUGGCCCUCCUUCUCCCAUCAGAUCCGUAGCUCCGCCCACCAUCAGAGCCCCUGCUGCUUCUGUGUCGUCUUCUGUCUCUCUCGGUUUCAGCACCAGCUCCGCCCACUCUCGCGCUUCCAGCAAGUUCGGCCGAGGAGCUGCGGCAUCCAGAGCGCCACUGGUGCUGCCCCGACACAAAGCGGUGGUCGUUCGUCUCAACGCGUCUGAUGACAGCGACUCUGAGAUCGAGGCCUCCAGCUCGGCGCAGUGUGUGUUCGGCGGUCUGGAGUCCAUGAUUAAAGAGGCACGGAGAACCGUGGAGGCGGCGAGACCGAGGCCUGUCCCUGUGGCCGAGAAAGAGAACAACCCUCUAAGAACAGCGGACACUUUGUCUGAGGGAACCGCACUGGAGUACCGCCUCCUGAGGGCGGAGUUAACCAGUCGGGAGAAUCAGCGAAUCAGGAAAUCCGAUUCCGCCGUUUCCUCUCCUGUGGGAUUUGACGCGGAUGUGGUGGAUGUGCUGGGAAAACCGGUUGACCUCGACGACACGGAGGAGAAACUCGCCAAACACCGUGCCCAGCUGCAGAAGGACCAGGAUCUGCUCGAGCAGCUCCAUCAGCAGGAGCUCAGGAAGAAAGAGUCUCUGAAACUGGCCGAGGCCAAAGUGGUGCGACUGAAAGAGCAGCUGCUCGCUGCGGAGAAAGUCACCAGUGCAAACCGAGUGCUGCUGCGGAAACUGCAGGAACAGGUCCAGCGUGUGCAGCACCGGGUGGCAGUAAAACAGCACCACGUCCUGCGCAUGGAGAGAGAGCUGCUGUCUCAGACAGGAACAGUGAGAGGGAACUACAAACGCAGCAACAACACACAGCUCUCAGUGGGGAAACGGCGGCGUGUGGACCUCGCUGACUCGCACUACGCCGAUCUCAUGGUGCAGAAGAAGCGUCUGCAGCAGCUGGAGAGUGAGUACGCGCUGAAGAUCCAGAAGCUGAAGGAAGCGCAGGCGCUGCGUCAGGCCAACGCUCCAGUCAUCCCCUGCAGCGUCACGCAGCCCUCGCUUCACGACCUCACGCAGGACAAGCUAACGCUCGCUAGUGAUGACCCCGGCGACGAACCUGAUCCAGAGGGGGCGGACCCACAGCCUGCUAACAUCAACACUGCCACCGCCAACACCACCUCCACCCGCCGCCGCUCUUUCCGCGAGUCCGGGUCGUUCACUAAACCCAACCUGAGCCACGCCGAGACUCCGGUCACGCCCACGACACCGACCGCGCCCUCCGUGUCCGACAAACCGGCCACGCCCCCCACAGAGCUGCUCCUGUUCGGUCUGAAUGUGGAGGACCUGCGGCUGCGCUAUCAGCAGCGUGACAUGCUCCCAGACGUCCUGAGACAGGAACUUCGUGCACAAGGGGGCGCUCUGCUGGAUAUCCGGCCCAGUGACAGGGUCAUUCAGGUGGACUUUGACCCCAUGGCGCCUCAGCAGGUGCGGAGCGAGGUGAAGUCGGUUCCGUUCGGUCCGUACCGCAGCCCGCUGUUGGUGUUCAGAUCGUACAGGUUCAGUCCUUAUUUCCGCACUAAAGAGAAGCUCUCUCUGAGCUCCAUCACCUACAGCCACGCCAUCGAGCCACGCAAGUGUUUCUGCCGCUUCGACCUGACGGGAACCUGCAACGACGACGACUGCCAGUGGCAACACAUGAGGAACUGCACUCUGAAUGGAAACCAGUUGUUCCAGGACAUCCUGUCCUACAGCCUUCCUCUGAUUGGCUGUUCAGAGGAGAGCUCCACCAGUGACAUCACUCGAGCUACAGAGAAAUACAUCAAGAAGCUGUUCGGUGGUAAUAAGGACCGGAUGGGUUCGGACCAGAAAGCGGUGCUGCUCGUCAGUAAAGUCAACGAGAGCUUACGGCAUGUGCCGCCGUAUACCACUCACAAACAGAGGAGGAAAUGGAGACCGGAACCACACAGACCCUCACCCGACCCAAACACAGUGGCUGAGAGCGAAGAAGAGAAAAUCACCAUACCUGCUGCUGCUGAGGAGGACAGGUGUGUGUCGGAGUGCCGGUUCGUGUCGGAUGUGUGUGUCACUCAGGAGGAUAAGCGCUACUUCGACAGCGAGACAGACGACAUCUCCAAUCUGGAGUACAGUGUGUUAGACAGCCCGAGAGACAGACAGCUGUGGAUCAAACUCGCGUACAGAUACCUCAACCAGAAAGACACCGCUGUGUCGGAGUGUGUGGACGCUGCGCUGAACACACUCUCGCGCGCUCUGGAGGAUAACCGCGAGGACGAAGAGCUGUGGUGUCACUACCUCACACUCUUCUCACGCCGCGGCAGCACGGACGACGUCAGGGAGAUGUGUGACAUGGCCGUGGAGCACGCAGCACACUACACUGUGUGGUGGACUUACCUGAGCAUCGAGAACUCUUUCGAUGGAAAAGAUACGGUGUGUAAACGGAUGCUGCAGUUCCUGAUGGACACUGCAGGGGGCGCUGUGGAGGAACUCUCAUCAUUUCAUCUGCUGGAGACGCUGCUGUACCGAGUGCAGCUCAGUGUGUUCACCGGACGAGCGCACAACGCACAACACAUCCUGCAGGAUGCGCUGAUAUCUGAGGGCGAGCGUGUCGUGUCAGGACGUCUAACUCUGCGUCACCGCUGUCUCGCGUGGCUCUGCUACAUCCACCUCUGUGAAUUCGGGACGCUUCCAGCGCACCUGUACGAUCCGGCGAACUCGAACCCGUCCCGGAUCGUUAGCCUGGAACAUUUCCUCUUCCCCUGGAGCUCGAGUGAGGACGUACACACUCCUCCUGAACGCCUCAUCUCGCUGUUCCAGGAUGCGUUAUCGAGGUGUGCGGAUGAGGGCGUGUCUCCAGCUGAAAGGACGCUUGCAUGUCUGCCGCUUCACCUCAACCUGCUCCACCUGCACACAGCUCUGGGAAGGCUGAAGGAAGCGACUGCGCUGUGUGAGAGCACGCUGGCUGUUGUCCCUCACUGCUGCCCCCUGCUGGAGGGCCUCAGUGACCUGUAUGCGGCAGGUGGAGAUGCAGGUGAAGCAGCGAGUGUGUGGCUGCGUGCACACAGGCUCCGCCCCCAUGAUGCCCGAGUGUUUUACAGUCUGUGUAAAUGUCUACACACACAGGAGAGACACGGUGAGCUCGAUAUUCUCUUCAGGCAGUUUGUGUGUUCUCUGUGUGAUGGUGUUGAGGAAGAUCUCCCCCCUGCAGAGGCGUUACGGCACCUGCUAGGCGUCUCAUCAGAGGACCUGCAGCUCUCUGUCCCCUCGCUCCCCUCGCAGCUCCAGGAUCAGCUCCCCUACCUGCACCUCACACACAGUUUCAGGCAGUCGGUGCGAGGCAGUGUGGUUGAGGCGGUGGAGGCUUUUGAGGCGGCGCUGGGAGCCAUCUCAGAUCUGGAAGUGGUGAAGAAAGUCUGGCUUGAUUAUCUCCUCUUUACUAGCAGUAAGCUGGCAGGCCGAGAGCUGCGUGUGUUCAGUGAUCUGGUGCAGCGCUGCCUGAACACCAUGCCCACACGGAUCAGCCUGCCGCAUGACAGCGCCACCUACUGGAGCUGCUACACCUUCCACAACCAGGUCAUCUCCUUCUACCUGAGUUUUCUCCCUCCAUCGCUCCACUCGUCUGCUCUGGAAAGAUUCAGACACGCAAUGCCGAGCAACACUGAACUCACCCUGAGGGUUCUGCAGCAGGAGUGGAGUGAGGAUAACGUGGAGCAGGUGAAGCUGCAGACGCGACUGAUGACUGCGACAGCUCCCACCUGUCUGUCUGCCUGGAAGAUAGCGCUUGCUGUGCAGAAGCAGCAGAAGAGCAGAGCGGAGGUGCAGAAGCUUUACCAACAGGCUCUUCAGAAACUGCCGCUGUGUGCUGCUCUGUGGAAAGAUUGGCUCCUGUUUGAAGCCGCAGCUGGAGGUAAAACUGACACACUGAACAAACUGGUUGCGAAAUGCCAGGAUGUGGGAGUGAGUCUGAGUGAGCCGCUCAGUGUACACUCUCACACUCAGGACUCGUGAAGUCUGCAGUCACUCCCUCGUUCCCUCGUUCCCUCGUUCCCUUACUCCCUUACUCCCUUCCUCCCUAUACCCUUAAAACCCCCCUCACACACACCAUCCUCCCCUUCACACAUCUACCACACACACUGCAGUAGAUAGAGCGGCGAGCGUGCGUGUGUGUGUGUGUGUGUGUGUGUGUGUGUGUGUGUGUGUGUGUGUGUGUGUGUGUCUGCAAGCUGAAGAACAUGAACUCCAGCUAAGCGAGUGUGUGUCCUCCAAGUCGUCCUCUACGUAAGUAUGGAGCUGAUCACACAGCUGCUGCUGUUUCAGUCUUUAUUUUAGUUGUGUGUUCCGUGUGUGUGUUUGUUUUAAUCCGAUUUUAUUUUGUCGUUCUGCGGCUCCGAGUUAAACGGACUCCCUCUCUGUCUGUCUCUCUCCGUCACCACGACAACCACGUAGCAACAUUCACAAUGACAGUAUUAUAAAGACGGCUUCCUUCAGCUAGACGUUUAUUUUCAGCAUGUAACGCGCCGGACGAGACGAGAGUGACUCUCCAUGUUUUAAGGGCUUAGAAAAAAAAAAACAGGAUUAAAAAUGGCUGCCAGAGAGAAGUAUUGUGGGAAUCGAACCUCCUCGGUGUGGGGGUGUUUAUGGAGACUGAACGCUGCCACACGCUGGUGACGAGCGAGCAGCCAGUAACUCUAUCUGCAAGUGGUUUUUUUUGUUUUUGGUUUUUUUUUUUCCUUGUAAAAAUAUCUAUUAAUUAAAAGUAUUCAGGAAACAUGCAGGAAUGAUUUUUCAACUGUUUUAUUUUGUAAUUGAAAUGUGUUUCAAUUAAAUUAUUUUGUAAAGAUA